AUGAUAGAUUUUGCUCAAAACAUUAAUAACGUACAUAGAAUAGUAAAUGACGCUUUGCACGGCAGCGAUGGUGGUGAACUAUUCCUAGAGUUUUGUCAAUCAGAAUCCCUACUCUUCGAUGAUAAUAUUUUAAAACAUGUAGAUUUAAAUACAAGAAAAGGCUUCGGUUUAAGAUCUUUUUGUGGUGAUAGUGUAUCCUUCGUUUGUUCUUCAGAGAUAAGUGAAAAGGAACUUAGCAAUGCAGCUUCCAUAGUAAAAAGCUCAGCAUCUUUAAACAAGAAUAGCCUAGUACAUCUGACAAAAGAAGCGAAUAGUCUUUAUCCAGCAAUCAAUCCAAUCAAAGAAAUAGGCUUAAAUGAAAAAAUUAAGCUGCUUAACGAAGUUAAUGAAUAUGUACGCUCCAAGAAUAGCAAUGUCAAACAGGUAAAAAUUACUCUGAGUGGAGAAUGGCAAGCUGUACAGAUAGUAAGAAACGAUUGCGUACUGAACGAUGUGAGACCUCUAGUACGCUUCAAUGUAUUAGUAAUCCUGGAAAGAAAUGGCCGUACUGAAAAAGGCUCUGCAGGACACGGAGGAAGAAAUUCUUAUAAUGAAUUUAUUGUUGAAAAUGAGUGGAAGAAAAUUGCAGACCAAGCAUUAGCACAAGCGUUGAUAAAUCUUGACGCAGUCCCAAGUCCAGCCGGAGAGAUGACCGUAAUUUUAGGCUCAGGGUGGCCAGGAGUAUUGCUACACGAAGCAAUCGGUCAUGGUUUAGAAGGAGAUUUCAAUCGUAAAGAAAUUUCAGCAUUUUCAAAUUCUAUAGGCAAACAAAUAGCUGCUAAAGGUAUAACGGUGGUUGAUGAUGGUACUCUACCUAACCGACGUGGGUCCAUUAGCAUAGAUGACGAAGGCAACCCUUCUGGUUAUAAUGUUCUAAUAGAAGAUGGGAUUUUAAAAGGUUAUAUGCAGGAUUCCAUGAACGCCAAACUUAUGGGUGUGAAUCCAACUGGUAACGGAAGAAGGGAGAGCUAUAAAGAGGUUGUUAUGCCACGCAUGACAAAUACAUAUAUGCUACCAGGUCAGCAUACACCUGAAGAAAUAAUAUCCAGCGUCAAAAAAGGUAUAUACGCUGUAAAUUUUGGUGGUGGACAAGUUGACAUAACGUCUGGAGCAACUUUAAUUGGUGACGGCCCAACAGUGUUGAAAAAAGUAUCUAUGAUUGGGAAUGAUUUAAAGUUAGAUCCAGGUGUUGGCACAUGCUCCAAAGAUGGACAAAAUGUUCCUGUUGGAGUUGGGCAGCCAACACUGAAAAUUGACUCCAUAACAGUCGGCGGUACCGAGGUAUAG